AUGAUCUCCUACAUGCGUGUGGGUUUCGGUGUUCUUUUUGUUAAUGGUAAUCCGGCACUGAAUCAACGACCGUUUUUACAACUUGAAAGUCCCUCCGAAACGAGAGUCAUAAUAACCCGACCCCAUAUUCCUCAUUAUCUUUCGUGUAAGGCUACAAUUGAUGAAUCCUACUAUCAGAAUGAAACCAAUUACUUUUAUACAUGGUUCUUCAACGAUAACAUCUUAAAAACUCUACCAAGAAAACUUAACGAUUAUUAUGUCUAUCGCAAUGGAACGCUACGCUUACCACCUGCCGAGAAAGUUAGUGGAGUGUAUCGAUGCAAAAUCAAUGCUAACGAAACGGCGGUUAUAUCCGAAAGUAUUACGGUCGAGUAUCCUGUGCUCAAACGACGACCGGCAAAUAUCAAUUUAACGGCAUUUAUAGGAUUAACCUACACGUUAAAUUGCCCCGUAUACAGUGUCCCGCCAGCGAAUGUAACCUGGUUCUAUGGAAAUGUAUCGUUAUCGGAAAUAUCCAAUGACAACAGUUUCCUGCUCCUGUCAAAUGGCAGCUUGGUAUUGAGAAAAGCCCGGCAACGAAAUUCCGGCAAAUACAAAUGCGUUGCACACAACAGUUUUACCUCAAAGAGUCAUCGACAAUUCCUGAUGACUCUCAGCGUUGUGCAUGGCGAAGGCAGGACACUAAACAAUGCUCAACUAAUACCUCAUCUACAGAACACAACGCUAUUUGUGCCAACUGGUGGAGAUUUAAAUUUAAGCUGUUGCGCCUUAACCGAUGAUGCGACAAUUGAAUGGUGGUUUCAGCAGACUUUCAGUUCGCCAUGGAUACGUUUGGCCAACAACAGUAAGGAGUACCAUAUACGAUCGAGUAUCGAUGAAUAUGAAGGCUACUACACCUGUUCGACGGCCUAUAGUAAUCAGACAUUUCAUGUUAUUGUCACGACACCGCCAAUGGUGGUGGAAGAGUUGGGUGUCAAAGAUGGCAUUAUUGCUUCGCCGAUCACCUAUAAAUGUCUAGUCACGGGAAAUCCACGUCCCAUUAUAACCUGGUAUCAUAAUGGCGCCCAAUUUAGUAGUUCAUUUACGCGCUACAUUAAUGGUAAUGAGUUGUUGAUACCCUCAUUUGAUCCCGAGGAGAAUGGUAUAUAUCAGUGCUUUGCGAGAAAUGUGGCCGGUGAAGUUUAUACAGCUGGAGAAAUAAGGCUGAAAAAUAAGGGAGAUGAGAAACCGAAUCCGCUGAGAAAUAUACGUUGCUUUGCACACACCUUUAAUUCGGUUAAUGUGACAUUUGAAACCGAUGCAUCGGUGUCUCUUUUUAUAGUCCACAUUGUGCAAACGAAUCCCUUUCGUUGGAUCUCUCCAUAUUCCCCGAUGAAAUUGAACGCCUCCUAUGUUGUGAUCGACAAACAUUUACCAUACAUUAAACCCUUUGAAUUGAUAACUCGGGUUCUAAUGUCUACCUCGGAGAUAAGUGUGGGUAUUGAUCGUACUCAGCAUACGAUACAGAGUACGCUGAGGAGUCAACCGGUGACCUGUUGUACACAAGGAUUACCUCCCCGCAUUGUACACUUCGGCAAUAAUACCUUUGUCACCUGGUCUCUGACGGAUUUCAAUAAUGAGAAAUAUUUCAUUGUGCAAUUUUCAACGAAUUACACUCAACCCGCUCCCGAAAUCCUUCUCAGCCCGGAUUUAUUGGGCACAAUGCAACAUGUUAAUUUAACAUUGCAGGAUAUUAGUCAUAAGCUGACCCGCAUAUAUCCUCUGAAUAUGAUGGAAUCCCGACGGGUAUUAAAAAAUGCCAUUACAAGUUAUGGUGAUAAUGAUGUCAGUAUGCCAGAUGAUCUUGAAUCGGAUGAGGAUAUUUAUAGCUUAGUGCUACAUGCCAAUGUUACGGGUUUAAUGUUAUCGAAUUUUACACGUCUCAAGUUAAGGAUAUUGGUAAUAACGACGGAUAAUGAAAAUUUAGCACAGGAUUUUCGUUAUGUCGAAUGGAAAACGGUUGUCAACGACACUGGCGAGACCAUUGCCACACCCUAUCACCUCACCAUCGUUGAAUCCCGUAUGUUGCAAUUUCAUUUUCAGGAAAGUUUCAAUGAGACUUGCGUACAAGUUUGUCAUCUACAAAUCCAUUAUCCACGCAUAAUAAAAGACGAAAGAAAAUGUGAACAUCGAACCAUUAUCAAUUCCGAAUUAGAAGUUACAAAACUGCGACCGAAUACCCAUUAUAGUUUUCAUUUUUCAAGUUGUGAUACAAAUCUAUUCUAUGGUCAAUUAGAUGUGGUUACACUGCCAGAUCCCCCCGGUACGAUAAGUAAUCAACGAGUGACGCGGCAUAAUGGUUUGAAAUUGAAUUGGGAUCCACCGCUGCAACCGAAUGGGAAAAUACAUCAUUACAAUAUCCUGUGGACAUUGGGUAAUGUGACGCAUGAGACGAAUGUAAUGGAGUGUGCCGUGUGUUUUUAUAAGUUUCCAAAUAUAUCGGAGGAGGCCAAAAUCAACAUUUCGGUACGAGUGGUGGGUGAAACUGGCGUGGGAGCCCCAGUUUCAAUUGAUUUGCGUAAUAUUAAUCAUCGAACCUUGGAAAUUGAAAGUUCCGGAUCCACUACCGAGGUUUAUAGUGGCAUUGCCAUUGGCUCUUUGUUGUCAAUAUUUUGCAUCUUUGGCUUUGCCUUGCUGAUUAUGUUCCAACGUAAACGUUUCAAGGCCCGUCAACAUGGACCCACCCACCUCUCAACGCCUACAGAUAUACAUUUCGGAAAUCUAAGUAACAUUAAUCUGCCCAGUGGCAGUGCUGGAGGCCUCAGCUCCAAUACCAUGCCUCCGGAUUCACAUGAAAUGCAAACCCUCAUCCCAAAGGCCAUGGCCAGGCAUUUGGAUAUUUUGGCUGGCGAUCGCGCCCUUUAUGAAACCACUCAGCUUGCCAAUGGUGGGGGUGGAAAUGGCGGUAUUGGUGGUGGCAGUGCCUAUGUGGUACGCCCAAGCCUCGAGAGUAUGGAAAGUUCAAAUAAUGCUUCCAUUCUAAGUGGAUUUUAUAUAGGUGCUGAACAUAAUCUCUCAUCCAUUCCAUUGUGUCAAAUAAGUCCACAAAAGAAAUCAAAGGGUAAUGGAAAUGCUGGUGGAACAUCCGGACACCAGGAUAGUAAUUCGAAUAAGCCGUUUUUUAUACCCUUCAAGAAUACAGCACCCAGUAUUGUGGGCUUAACGUCAUCGUCAUCACAAAAACAAAGUUCCUCUGCUUUUGCUGCCAACAGUGGUGUACCGCCAAAUUCCAUUAGCCUGGCCGCUGUGCCGGUCGAGAGUAUUUCCACGGUCUUUGGUGGCACACUGCGCAGUAGUAAUUUAAGUCGUAGUAAUAGUAACGGCAGUAGUGCCACAAAUUCCAUAAAAUCAAAACAGUUCCAUGCUAAUUUUCCCAAACAUUCCACUUCGAUUGAUGGCAUUUGUCUAUUGGAUGAGGAGGAGGCGGCGGCCACAAUAACACCCACCACGGAUGCGGAUGUUACGGGUGAAAUUUUGAGAAAUGGAUUUCACAUGAAUGGAGAGGAUCAUCGUUUAAGUGAUAUUGCAGCAAGCCAAAAUACCUCAUCGUUUAUAACAGGGAUGACCAACUCUUCGCCACCAAAGCAUUCAAAUCAUUCAAACAGCAACAACAAUUCCAAACAUAAAAAAUCUACGAAUUUAUCGCGAAAGAAAACAACACCUCAACUGACACCUGCAUUAGAAUUAACUGCCACAACAUUGACAGCAACACCGUCGACCACAAAGCCAACGGCGAAUGCUCGUCCAAAAAGUACAGCAUUUAUAGUUCCUGCCAGCAUAGGCGGAGGUUCAUUGGCAUCAAUGCAGGCGGCAAACGCCGCUUCAUCGUCACCCUCAUUGCUGAAGGCUCAAAAGCCACGAAAUUCAACAAAUCUCACAGCCAAAUCGAAAUCAUCGACAAUGGAGACAAAUUUUCGCCAUUUGGAUAUGGAUCCGAAUGGCUGA